AUGGAGUUGGCCGAUUUGGACGGUUUUUGCGGUUCGCCUUUUUGGGAUUGGAAUACGUCGUGGAAUACUACUGAUCCCGAUGUCACGCUUUGUUUCGAGAAGACCGCCCUGGUAUGGUCGCCCUGCCUGUUCCUUUGGUUGUUCUGUCCGCUAGAAGUCUACUACCUGGUGCACAGCAGGUACAGGGACAUACCGUGGAAUUGGCUCAACUUGACCAAACUGGGUGGUGCAGCUAUACUAUGUCUUCUUUCAAUAAUCGAUAUAGCAUAUGCAAUAAUUCAAUAUUCAUCGGGGAUGCCUAUAUAUUCUGUGGAUUUUUACACACCACUUGUAAAAUUAAUCACAUUUGGAUUUAUAAUGGUUUUAAUCAGUGCCAAUCGUGCAAGAGGAUUAAGGUCAUCUGGGUUAAUAUUUUUGUUUUGGUUAUCCUUGGCAUUUUGUGGGAUUAUUCAAUAUCGAACAGAGAUCCGAUUAGCAUUUUCUGAUGUACCAUUACAAAAAUACCAAUUUAUUAGUUACAUGGUGUAUUACCCUCUUGUUCUAAUACAGUUUGUUUUAAAUUUUUUUGCUGAUACUGAUCCACGACUAUCAGAUUAUCCCCCCGUCGAGAAACCAUGUCCUGAGAUGAAAGCAUCAUAUCCUUCGCGGAUAUUAUUCACGUGGUUUGAUGCAUUAGCAUGGACUGGAUAUAAUCGUCCUUUAGAAACUAAAGAUUUGUGGAAUAUGAACUAUGAUGAUAGUUCACGAGAAGUAGUUCCUAUCUUUGAUAAACAUUGGGAACGUUCAUUAAUUAAAGCAAAGUUACUAGAUAAUGCAAAAGCAUCUUAUAUAAAACAUAAAUCAGAUGGAAGUAUUGAAGUAUCACCUACUGAAUAUACAAGAAUAACUCGUGGUACUAAAAGUCAAAAUGAAGCAUCCAUUCUUCCCGCUUUAUGUAAAUCAUUUGGUCGUACGUUUAUGUUUGGAACAUUUCUAAAAGUAAUUGAAGAUUGUUUAGUUUUUGUCAGCCCUCAAGUUCUUAAGUAUUUGAUAGCGUUUGUAGGAAAUUCAAAGGAACCGUUAUGGAGAGGAUAUUUUUAUGUUUUCCUUAUGAUGUUAACAGCAACAUUACAGACAUUAAUAUUGUCUCAGUAUUUUCAUCGUAUGUAUCUCGUUGGUAUGCGUGUACGAACUGCCCUUACUUCUGCUAUAUAUCGAAAGGCUUUGAGAAUUUCAAAUACAGCUAGAAAAACUUUUACUGUUGGUGAAAUAGUUAAUUUGAUGGCUGUUGAUGCCCAUAGAUUUGUUGAUCUGACAACUUAUCUGAAUAUGAUUUGGUCUGCUCCAUUUCAAAUUGCUCUUGCAAUAUACUUUUUGUGGCAAUCACUUGGGCCCAGUGUACUUGCUGGUCUAUUUGUAAUGAUAGUUUUAAUCCCAAUAAAUGGUGUUGUGGCUGCUAAAGCAAGAAAUCUUCAGAUCAAACAAAUGAAAAAUAAAGAUCAAAGAGUUAAAUUAAUGAAUGAAAUUUUGUCGGGAAUUAAAGUCUUAAAAUUAUAUGCUUGGGAACCAAGUUUUGAACAAAAAGUAUUGGAUAUACGAGGAAAAGAAAUUAAAGUACUUCGUACUGCAGCUUAUCUGAAUGCAGCUACCUCAUUUAUUUGGGCUUGUGCACCAUUUCUGGUAUCAUUAGUAACUUUUGCAGUUUAUGUAUUAUCUGACGAUAGCCAUGUAUUGGAUGCACAAACAGCUUUUGUUUCAUUAUCAUUAUUUAAUAUUUUACGUUUCCCAUUAUCUAUGUUACCAAUGUUUGUAUCAAAUGUAGUUCAAUCAAGUGUAUCUGUAAAGAGAAUAAAUAAGUUUAUGAACUCCGAAGAGUUGGAUCCAGAUUCAGUUACUCAUGAUUCUGAUGAAAAGGAUCCUCUUGUUAUUGAAAAUGGUACAUUCACUUGGGGUGAACCAACUGAUGCACCAACAUUAUCAAACAUAAACUUACGAGUUUCAUCUGGACAAUUGGUUGCUGUAGUGGGUACUGUUGGUUCUGGGAAGAGUUCUUUAGUGUCAGCUUUUCUUGGUGAAAUGGAAAAGGUUUCUGGCAGAGCUAAUACUAGAGGGUCUAUAGCAUAUGUACCACAGCAAGCUUGGAUACAGAAUACUUCUCUUAAGGAUAAUAUAUUAUUUGGUCAGACAUUAAGUGAUAGAGUUUAUAAUAAGGUCAUUGAUGCAUGUGCAUUGAGAGCUGACUUUCAAAUGCUUCCAGCAGGCGAUGACACAGAAAUUGGUGAAAAGGGAAUAAAUUUAAGUGGAGGCCAAAAACAAAGAGUAAGUUUGGCGAGAGCAGUUUAUAAAGAGAGUGACAUCUAUUUUUUGGACGAUCCAUUAAGUGCUGUUGAUUCACAUGUCGGUAAACAUAUUUUUGAACACGUUAUUGGACCUACAGGAUUGUUGCGAAAAAAAACACGAAUUUUGGUAACUCAUAGUAUUACUUAUCUCAGAGAAGUCGAUUUAAUUGUGGUAAUGAAAGAUGGUCAAGUAUCAGAGUCUGGCACAUAUAAAGAAUUGCUGGACAAAAAAGGAGAUUUUGCUGAUUUUUUAAUAUUGCACAUGCAAGAACAAAAUGAAUAUAAAGUUGAUGAAAUAGAAAUUGAUAAGUUAUUAGAAGAUGCACCGGCAGAUUUAAAAGAAAAAUAUGUUCGCCAGAGAAGUGAAUCCAAUUCAAAUUCUUCAAUGCAAAGGCAAAGGUCUAUUGAUUCUGAAAAAAACAUUCCUCUACCUAUAAUCGAACAGCAAGCUAAAUUGAUUGAAGUAGAGAAAGCUGAAACAGGCAGUGUCAAAUGGGAAGUUUAUGUACAUUAUCUGAAGUCAAUUGGACCUUUUUUGUGUAUAUCUACAGUUGUCCUAAGUAUAAUAUUCCAAGGAUUUUCAAUUUCAUCCAAUAUUUGGCUUUCUGUAUGGUCUAAUGAUGAUAGUUCUCAUGUCCACGGAAAAGAAAAUAUAAGCAAAAGGAAUUUAUAUUUAACUGUUUAUGGUCUUCUUGGAUUUGGUCAAGUUGUAUCGACGGUGACAGCAGCAAUAGCUUUAUCGUUAGGCACAGUAGUAGCUGCUGAAAAAUUAUAUGAAUUGAUCAAUGCACGGAUUUUCAAGAAUCCAUUGAGCCUUUUUGAUACAACACCUAUUGGUCGUAUCUUGAACAGAGUAUCUAAGGACAUUGAUACUAUUGAUAAUGUAUUGCCAUUCAUAUUAAGAUCAACCAUCCAAACUGUAUUUUCGGUUGUUGGUACUUUGGUUGUAAUCAGUUACAGUACUCCCGUGUUCACAGCUGUGAUAAUUCCUAUUGGUAUUAUUUAUUACUUCAUACAGAGAUUUUAUGUUGCAACAUCACGUCAGCUCAAAAGACUUGAAUCUGUAUCUCGUUCACCAAUUUAUUCACAUUUUAGUGAAACAGUUACAGGGGCAUCAUCAAUCCGUGCUUAUGGUGCAGAAUCCAAAUUUAUAACUCAAUCCGAACAAAAAGUAGAUUUUAAUCAAACUUGUUACUAUCCAAGUACAGUGGCUAAUAGAUGGCUAGCUGUAAGGUUAGAAACAAUUGGUAAUUUUAUUAUUUUCUUUUCGUCGGUUUUCUCAGUAUUGGGAAGAGAUACAUUAAGUCCAGGUAUUGUUGGUUUGUCCGUCAGUUAUGCUCUACAGAUCACACAAACGCUAAAUUGGUUGGUUAGAAUGACUUCUGAAGUUGAAACUAAUAUUGUAGCCGUUGAACGUAUUAAAGAAUAUGGAGAAACACCUCAAGAAGCACCAUGGGAUGUACCAUCAAAUUUGCCAGCCAAAGAUUGGCCAACAAGUGGAGAAGUUCAAUUUAAAAAUCUUAAAGUUCGUUAUCGUGAAGGCUUAGACUUGGCAUUGAAAGGCCUAGAUAUUUUAGUAGAAGGGGGCCAAAAGGUAGGUAUUGUUGGACGUACCGGUGCUGGAAAAUCUUCUUUGACUCUUAGUUUGUUCCGUAUUGUUGAAGCUGCGGAAGGAUCAAUUCUUGUUGAUGGUGUUGACAUAUCUAAUAUUGGUUUGCAUACGUUACGUAGCCGUCUCACAAUUAUUCCACAGGAUCCAGUAUUAUUUUCUGGUACAUUAAGAAUGAAUUUAGAUCCAACUAAUAGUAAUACAGAUGAGCAGCUUUGGAACGCCUUGAAACUAGCCCAUUUAAAAGCACAUGUUAAAGGGCUAAUAGGUGGACUGGAUUAUGAAGUGUCUGAAGGAGGAGACAAUCUCAGUGUGGGCCAAAGGCAAUUGGUGUGUUUGGCUAGAGCAUUGUUAAGAAAGACAAAAUUAUUAGUGUUGGAUGAAGCAACAGCGGCAAUCGAUUUGGAAACAGAUGAUUUAAUACAAACAACCAUACGAUCAGAAUUCAAAGACUGCACAGUAUUGACAAUUGCUCAUCGUCUAAACACAAUCAUGGAUUCUGACAAGGUAAUAGUUUUGGAUAAUGGUUUCAUGGUCGAAUACGACUCGCCUGCUAAUUUACUGCAAGAAAAAUCAUCAGUUUUCUACUUGAUGGCAAAGGAUGCAGGUCUAGUUCAAUAA